ACUUUUCGGAUGUAAACAUGGCUGAAAAGUGGAGGGUGUCAUUCACAAGAUAACUGUCGAACUCUGAAGAAAAUACAGGGAAUAUGUGGACAUUUUAGAGAUUUGAUGGUGAAAUUUUCCAUCAUGGAGUUUGAAAAGGUAGAGGAAACGUUGUGCUAGAUUGGCGACAGGUGUGUUUUAACCAUGACAACCAAAAGACCAUCCUUUAAAGAAAGAGCAUUUGAAAAGUUGGGUUUUAGUCCAAGGUUUCGCAGUAACACUGAAUCUUCGACUGGUGAUGAUAACUCCAAAACAACAUGGUAUACUCACUCAUUGGACCAUGACCCAGACAGCGAGUCCGAAGUCACUGACAGCUCAGGGGCAGGUAACUCUGGACCAGUGUCUGUUAGUUCCAAUGAAGACAAUAUGAGUGUUGCAGCCCAGAAAGUACCUGAUAAAAAACCAAAGAAAAUGAAACCUGAUGGUACAGAUGAGUACUCCGUAAAAGACUCGGAUACCUUAGAGAGUAUUGCAGCAUUCUUUGAUACAACUCCUUCUGAGCUGAAAAAACUAAACCGGCUAACAAGUCGCCUAAUAUUCCCAGGACAGGUGCUGUAUGUUCCGAAACCAGAGGAGACUGUUGAGGAUGUAAACCUGCCACCAUCCUCCCCAAAGGGGACGGCUGCUGCAGCAGUAAUGGAGCAUCGACCAUGUAUGGACAUUCCUUUAGUAAAGAUGGGCGACAAGCCUCCUGCCAAGAUUCCAGGUCAUAUUGAGCGCCAAACCUCGACAACCUCGCCAAUCCAUGACGAGUCACCACAGAAACUAUCCGAAGAGGAGGCGAAGCAGCUGGACCAGGAGUGUCACGAACGCUUCAUCAAGGUCGGCGUCAAACACAUAACAGAUGGACAGGGUGUGGUCAGUGGAGUACUGCUGGUGACCCCAAACGCUGUCAUGUUUGACCCCAACGUAUCUGACCCCUUAGUGCUGGAACAUGGUGCGGAACGUUAUGGUGUUAUUGCUCCCAUGGAUAUGAUUGUCAGCGCUGCUAUGUACCACGACAUUGCUGCGAUGAGCAUUCAUGGAGAAAAAGGAGUUACAAAAGAUGCACCUAAACCAGAGAUAUACCAUGAUCUGAGCUGUCCACUGUACAAAUCGUGGGUUGAAGGUCAUGCUGAGCUGAUGAAACAGGACCCCAAGGCCUACAUAGUCAAAGUUGGGACACCAAGUCGUAGUGCAACCAUCAACAGUGAAAUGUCAGAAACUGGAAGUCUGUGUUCAUGUGGGCAAGGAGUUAAUGCUCCAGGACUCUCCCCUGGUAGUCAGAGUGCAGGGGGUCUCUCUCCUGGUAAAAAUGGCGUUUCUCCCGGCAGUACAGGGGGUCUCUCUCCUGGUAAAAAUGGCGUUUCUCCCGGCAGUACAGGUGGUCUCUCUCCAGUGGGUAGGAAUGGUCUAUCACCAGGCAGUCAAAAUGAAUCAGGUUUAUCCCCUGUCAGUCAAACCAGAUCUAGCACUUCACCUGUCAAUCAAAAACUUUCACCAAGUAUGGAGAAACCUAAAGAAGAUGAUGUCAUGUUGCUUGAUUUAGACAUAAAGACUGUUACUGACAGUGUUACCCAAGGGGCAAAAGGUGAAAAAGGGAGAAGUACGUCGAUGGACGAAUUUGGAGAAUUCAUAAGUGCAGAUCCGUUUGAAUCUAACCAAUCAGAGAACAAGGAUUUGUCACAUGAUAAGUUAGAUGAAGCAGACAAUAGCAAUCAAACUGCCAGUGUUACCGAGGAGGAAAGUAGUAGUGUAUUGACACACUCAAAUUCCUCCCCAUCAAGGGGAGGUAAAUCUUCUAAUCAGGAAUUAAUGGACGGCAAUAACGAUGAUGCAAAUUCUUUUCACCUUGAAAAUACUAUGGCUGUAGAACGUGUUUUAUCAGCACAAAGAGAUGUGGUUUCAGAAAACAAUGAAAAUGCUGAAAAUGACUCUACUAUGGAACAGAUCGGUAACAUUGUGUAUCUACCUGUUUCUGAGGACCAGCAAGGGGAAAUAACUCUAACUGAUGUGGAAACAGCACAGGACAGAUUAAGUAAGAUUAGUGUAGACAAGUUUGAACAGGAGGAUAAAUCUGUCUCGGAACCAAUGGAUGUUCCUGGAUCGAACAAAGUGUCGUCAGCUGAUGUAAGGCAGUCGGGUUCCUUUGGAUCAUUCAAUGUCUCUCCACAUUUGAGUGCAUUUGUCAAUUAUGCAACUGGACUAUUCAAAACUAAUGCAGAAGUAAAGGACAUCGCUGAUGUCAUGUCGGAAAUGGACACCCAGGGAGAGGAGGGUGCUGAACGUAAUGCCCAAUUAGACAAUAAUGGUCAUAAAUGUGCAGUAAAGUCAGGACUGGAAGUUGAAAAUGCAAUUAAACUUACAGACAAACCGGAACUCUUCCAGUCUUUCGAUGGCAUUGAACUGAUCCCCAAACCAGCAGCAACCUUUGAUGAUCUCCCUUUGUACCUAUGUCUUCGCCUUGGAAUGCCUAUCAACAAGGAGAUCUCACAAACAUGCCCCAUUCAGGCCUACGGCAAAGGUCGCAAAAAGCCGGAGUACUGGUUUUCUAUACCGCGAGAGAAGGUAGAUCAUCUAUAUGCAUUUUUUGUACAAUGGACACCUCAGAUUUAUGGAGGAGAGGAUGACAUCGCUGAGAAGAGAGGUUUCAUCGUCCUCAAUGAGGAGGGGGAUGAGGAGGAAGAUAAGUUGGAAAUGAUGGAUGAAUACUUCAGUAAUGGAAUGCUGCAGAAAGACUGGGAGAGGCUGGAUCCAGAAGAGUUUUGGAUUAUUAGUGCUGAUGAGAUGGUGAACAGGAGAAAGUCUGCAUGUGAGCCCGAAGUCCUGCCAGAACUUGUCGGACAGUCUAAGAUUAUGGAAGAGAAGCAUAUCUUUAUGUUGAACCGAAUGUUGCCUCCGCGGACGAUUGGUUAUCCAUGGAUGAUGAUCUACAGUACAGAACAACAUGGCUUCAGUCUCCGUACGCUGUACCGGGACAUGCAGGGGAUCGACAGUCCCAUCUUACUGGUGGUUCACGACACUUCAGACAAUAUAUUUGGAGCUGUCACAUCACAAGCUCUGAAGAUGAGUGAUCACUUCUAUGGAACUGGUGAAUCCUUCCUGUACACCUUUUAUCCUGAAUUCAAAGUCUUCCAUUGGACGGGUGAUAAUGAUUUCUUCUUGAAAGGCAAUGCUGAAAGUCUUUUCAUUGGAGCUGGACAAGGAAACUUUGGCCUGUGGUUUGAUGGGGAUAUAUACCAUGGAAGAACACAACACUGUGAAACAUAUGACAAUGAUAUAUUGACGUGUUCAGAAGACUUUGUGGUCAAGACAUUAGAAGCCUGGGCUUUCUUUUCCGACUAGUACAUCUCCAUGCUUCACCCUGAACCUUGACUACUGAGUCUACAGUUUGACUACACAGCGAACCUCGGUUGAGUCUACAGUUUGACUACACAGUUAACCUCGGCUGAAUCUACAGUUUGACUACACAGUUAACCUCGACUGAGUCUACAGUUUGACUACACAGUUAACCUCGGCUCAAUCUACAGUUUGACUACACAGCGAACCUCGACUGAGUCUACAGUUUGACUACACAGUUAACCUCGGUUGAGUCUACAGUUUGACUACACAGUGAGUCUCGGCUGAGUCUACAGUUUGACUCCACAGUGAGUCUCGGCUGAGUCUACAGUUUGACUCCACAGUGAGUCUCGGCUGAGUCUACAGUUUGACUCCACAGUGAGUCUCGGCUGAGUCUACAGUUUGACUACACAGUUAACCUCGGCUGAGUCUACAGUUUGACUACACAGUUAACCUCGGCUGAGUCUACAGUUUGACUACACAGUUAACCUCGGCUGAGUCUACAGGUCGACUCCACAGUGAGUCUCGGCUGAGUCUACAGGUCGACUCCACAGUGAGUCUCGGCUGAGUCUACAGAUUGUUUCUGCACUGUUAACCUCGGAUGAGUUUAAUGUGUGUUAAAUUGUUGCAUUGAAUCUGGUCUUGUUUUACUUUGAGGCACAUAGAACAUUGUACCCUGUCAAAUAAUUAUCUGAAAUAUAUUGAUAAACUGGCCCGAUGGAAUUGCUUGCUUUAAAAAGAAAAUAAUUUCAUUCCAGUAGACCCAUUCUUCAGAAUUUGUUAUUAGUUUCAAUACAAUUGUAUUGCAUGUCUGGAAGAAUACAAGGAACUGUGAUGUAUAACUGGAAAAGGAACCAAUUUUGUGUAAGAUAUUUAAUGUGUGAGACACCUUUAGAAACAUUAUUUAUGUAACCAAGCUAGUCACAAAUAUAGCUGAACUGGACUGGUCUGAACGCCUGUGGCCACGAAGCUCAAAUUGUUAUAGAACUUAUCUGUCUAGAGUUCAGAGGGCCCUGGUUCAAUUCCCAGUCUGGCCUUUGGAUUUUUUUCUCCUGUAAAUUUUGUGCCCAACAUAUGGCUUGAAUUCACGACUCGAGAUUAAAAGUCUCAUGCUCUACUGACUGAGUUAGCCAGGUCAUUUGUGUUCAGAUUACACAAUAAAUCUGUGUAAGACCUGUCAUUUAAGUCUCGAGUCGUACUAGAUUUACAUGAUCGAUCUGCCCCCUGUUUUAUCAAUGUGCAUUAAUAUUAAUUAUAUUCAAAAUGAAAGCAUUACAAAGUCAAAGGAAAAGUCAACUUAUAAAUUUGUUCCUUACAUCUAAUUAUGUUGUCCACAGAAGUUUAGAGAUUUCCUCAAGUUAGUAAUGUUGAUGAAUUUAGGGCCUAGUGAGUCAAAAGUCUUAUAACCGUUGUUCUAUAAUCAUUUGUACAAUACAAGCAGUAGAUACUAUGGUCCUCACAUCAAGACAAUCACUGCCCUUGCCACCGAAGUAUUACCAGAAUCCCUCAGAGUUGAUCUGAUAAGACAAGACAUUCCAUGAUGGUAAUGGUUUUAUAUUUCUCUGUUAAAGAUUUUAAAGAUGGUAAAAGAUCUGUUUAAGUUACAGUGAUAUCUUCUCUGAAGGAGUAUUUGUCCAGUGAAUCUAUGUGUUCACCACUGAUGGUGAGGCCAGAGAAGAAGUCACAAUUAGAUCUCCACUAACCUGGUCAGUCUUAUUAUGGUAGUCAGAAAUCAAUGAGAUUGGAUGUUGGAAUUUUAUAUAGACAUGGAUACGUAGAUUUCAUGAUACUGUAAUUGUGUUUAUUUUUGUGUGCCCAUAUUUUGGCACAAAAAAAUUAGGUUAGUGCAAUGGAAAACAAAUAUAAGAAACUUCAAUUAAUGCAAUCAUAAUUUUGCAGAAUGCUUGCAACACAAAUUAAGUGCUAGAAUAUCAUCACCUCUGAAUUAUGUCUGUUUAACUUUAUAUAGAGAUAAACCCAGUCAGUUAAUAGUAAUGAAAACAGCCGUCUCAGUGUAUUGAACAAGACCGUGCUUUAAAACAUUUUCUGUACUGUACUUCAUGUGAUUGUAGGAAAUGUCAGAUGUGUACACUUCAAAUAUGGAUAUUUUGGAGGUACGAUAGGAUAGAUUGUGUUCUUGUGAGUGAGUAUACU